GCGGGGGGCGGGCUCUCCUCUACUGUAAUCAAUCUGUUGAUCGGAGCGUGCGCGUGUCUCUUUUGCUGCCAAGUGGCACGAGCGGCCGUGUUUGCCCGCCAACUUGAGUUUGGCUGAAGACAAUAACCGCUACGAAUGGGCGACAGGUUCCUGGUGGUCCCCGUUGAAUGCGCGGGUUCGGUUCCCGGGCAAGUGGGGCACUCGGGUACUGUCGCUGUCCCGGCACCGGACCCCGGCGGCAGCGGCAGCCCCGGAAUAUGGGACCGAAACGAGGCUUUGGAGGACUCGGUGUUCGAACCUGCGGACGCCGACGCUGUGGUGCACAUUCUGGAGUACAACCGAGAGCCCAACAAGUACGGUGAUGGCGUCCCAAAGGAAAACAGCCCCUUCAUCAACAGCACAGACCACGACAAGAACAACAGCUACGAUGGCACCAACAUGGCCCUUUUCGAGGAAGAGAUGGACAGCAAUCCCAUGGUGGCAUCACUUCUUAAUAAACUUGCAAACUACACCAACCUCUCCCAGGGAGCCCAGGAGCACGAGGAGGCUGAUGAAGAUGAAGGGCCAAAGAAGAAAGCUGUUAAGAGCCCUCAGAUGGGGACCUUCAUGGGUGUCUACCUGCCUUGCCUCCAGAACAUUCUGGGGGUGAUCCUGUUUCUGCGCCUUACCUGGAUUGUCGGCACCGCUGGGAUCUUGGAGUCUCUGGCUAUUGUGGGCUUGUGCUGCUCAUGUACAAUGCUGACAGCCAUAUCCAUGAGUGCAAUCGCUACAAACGGCGUCGUUCCAGCUGGAGGCUCGUACUACAUGAUUUCCAGGUCUCUGGGUCCAGAGUUCGGAGGCGCUGUAGGUCUCUGCUUCUUCCUGGGCACAACGUUUGCUGGUUCCAUGUACAUCCUAGGUACCAUCGAGAUCCUGCUGACUUACAUCGUGCCUGCAGCAGCUAUCUUCAAGGCGGAGAAAAAGGAGGACGAGGCAGGCGCUCUGCUGAACAACAUGCGCGUCUACGGCACCUGCUGCCUCACUCUGAUGGCGGUGGUCGUCUUUGUCGGGGUCAAAUAUGUCAAUAAGUUGGCCCUGGUCUUUCUGGCUUGUGUCAUUCUCUCCAUCCUCGCCAUCUACGCCGGAGUCAUUAAAACAAUCUUUGAGCCACCAGAUUUUCCCGUUUGCAUGCUGGGAAACCGCACUCUGAAGAACCAUGAUUUUGACAAGUGUCUAAAGACCGACAUCAGUGAUAACCUGACGGUCACCACGGCGCUGUGGAAGCUGUUCUGUGACGGCCCGGAGCUCAACGCCACCUGCAACGAGUAUUUUAGCAACAACAAUGUGACGCUGGUGCAGGGCAUCCCCGGACUGACCAGUGGGGUCAUCUCAGAAAACAUGUGGUCUGUGUACGGCCCUAAAGACAUGCUGGUUGAAAACAGGAGGGUCUCGUCUGUUGGGGCCAGCGAUCCCAGCCAGGACAUCUACAUGCCUUACGUUGUCAACGACAUUACCACUUUCUUCACGCUGCUCGUUGGUAUCUACUUCCCCUCCGUCACUGGAAUCAUGGCUGGUUCUAACCGCUCUGGCGACUUGAGGGACGCACAGAGGUCCAUCCCCAUCGGGACCAUUCUGGCUAUCACCACCACCUCCAUUAUCUACAUCACCUGUGUGAUCCUGUUUGGCGCCUGCAUUGAAGGAGUGCUGCUUCGAGACAAGUUUGGCGACUCGGUGAAGGGGAACCUCGUCAUAGGCACGCUUUCCUGGCCCUCCCCCUGGGUUAUUGUGAUCGGUUCUUUCUUUUCCUGCUGCGGGGCGGGUCUGCAGAGUCUGACUGGUGCCCCCCGCCUGCUGCAAGCUAUUGCCCGAGAUGGCAUCGUGCCUUUCUUACAGGUGUUUGGUCACGGGAAAGCUAACGGAGAGCCCACCUGGGCUCUGCUGCUGACCGCCGCCAUCUGUGAGAUCGGCAUCCUCAUCGCCUCGCUGGACUCAGUCGCUCCCAUCCUGUCCAUGUUUUUUCUCAUGUGCUACCUCUUCGUUAACCUGGCCUGUGCGGUCCAGACGCUGCUAAGAACGCCCAACUGGAGGCCCCGCUUUAAGUACUACCACUGGGCUCUGUCUUUCCUGGGAAUGAGCUUGUGUCUUGCUCUCAUGUUCAUCUCCUCCUGGUAUUAUGCCAUCGUUGCCAUGGUGAUCGCUGGUUGCAUCUACAAAUACAUAGAAUACAGAGGGGCGGAGAAGGAGUGGGGUGACGGGAUCCGGGGUCUCUCUCUGAACGCAGCUCGCUACGCCCUCAUUCGGCUGGAGGAGGCUCCUCCUCACACCAAGAACUGGAGACCUCAGCUGCUGGUGCUCCUGAACCUGGACUCGGAUCAAGCGGUCAAACACCCCCGCCUGCUGUCCCUCACCACGCAGCUGAAGGCGGGGAAAGGCCUCACCAUCGUGGGAUACGUUUUAGAGGGAACGUACCUCACUAAAGACACGGAGGCCAAGAAGGCCGAGCAGAACAUCAAGUCCUCCAUGUCCGCCGAGCGAACCAAAGGUUUCUGCCACGUGGUGAUUUCCUCCAACCUCAGAGAUGGCGUCUCCCACCUCAUCCAGUCUGCAGGUCUGGGGGGCAUGAAGCACAACACGGUCCUGAUGGCCUGGCCCGGAACCUGGAAGCAGUCCAACGACCCGCAGUCCUGGAGGAACUUCAUAGAGACCAUACGAGAGACCACGGCGGCCCAUCAGGCUCUUCUCGUAGCCAAGAACGUGGACAGUUUCCCCACGAACCAGGAGCGGCUGGGGGAGGGCACCAUCGACGUGUGGUGGGUGGUUCAUGACGGGGGGAUGUUGAUGCUGCUGCCCUUCCUGCUGCGGCAGCAUAAGGUUUGGAGGAAGUGCAAAAUGCGCAUCUUCACGGUAGCACAGAUGGACGACAACAGCAUCCAGAUGAAGAAAGAUCUGCAGAUGUUCCUCUAUCACCUGCGGCUGAACGCUGAGGUGGAAGUUGUGGAAAUGCACGAUAACGACAUCUCAGCCUUCACCUAUGAGAAGACGCUGGUGAUGGAGCAGAGGUCUCAGAUGCUGAAGCAGAUGCAUCUCUCCAGGACGGAGAGAGAAAGAGAGAUUCAGAGUAUCACUGACGAGUCGCGUAGCUCCAUACGGAGGAAGAACCAGGACGCCACCGAGGGCUCCAGCCUCAGCCGGCAGUCCUCCACGGCAGAGGACACACAGGAGGACGAGGCUCAGCUCAUCCACGACAGGAACACGGCGUCCCACGCCGCGGUGAACGACAAGGCCGAGGCGGGGCCCGAGCGCGUGCACAUGACCUGGACCAAAGACAAGCUCUUCACUGAGCGAAACCGCAACCGCGAGUGCAACGCCAACGUGGCCGUGCGCGACCUCUUCAACAUGAAGCCAGAGUGGGAGAGUCUGAACCAGUCGAAUGUCCGCCGCAUGCACACAGCGGUGAAGCUCAACGAGGUGGUUGUCAACAAAUCCCAGGGGGCUCAUCUGGUCCUGCUCAACAUGCCCGGCCCCCCGAAGAACAGGGGAGGAGACGAGAACUACAUGGAGUUCCUGGAGGUCCUCCUGGAAGGCCUGAACCGCGUCCUGCUGGUGCGAGGGGGCGGCCGAGAGGUCAUCACCAUCUACUCCUAAAACCGAGGAGAAACUCGUGCCCCGCACUGCACACAGGCAUGUUGCCAUGGAAACUAUUCACUGGGCAUUCCACAGGCCCAAAAUGUUUUAUUCUUUUUUUUUCCUGCGCCGGAGAGGGAGCGAUGGUUGGGAAGGUGGGACCUCUCGUGUGUGGCGGACGGCGUGGAGAAACAUCCGGGUGUCUAUGCCGGGCCAUAGAACCCUGCACAGGGAACAUAGAGCAUAGAGACACUUUAUUUCUUUCUGUCUUUGAACCCCUUCUGUCCUGUUCCGUUGUCGUGUGUUGCUGUGGUUGCCGCCGUCUGUCUGAGCAGCGCCGACCUGGACGUGGGUUGUGGGCGGGGUCUCUGUGGUUCUCGUUUGGCUCCAUUUCAUCAGGUCGUCUGUGAGCUGAACCUUUGGAAGGAGGUUUUCCGUGAAUGAAGCUGGUUUAGAGGCUGCUCCACGACGGAAAGGGGCGGGCUCACAGUCUGAGACGGCCCACGUUUCCAAAAAAAGAAGGACAAAAGCCAUAAAGGAGCUUCUGUGUGUUCAUGGGGUCAGGGCGAGUGUUCAGGAACAAAUCCAUAUAAAUGUUCCUUUUUAUGAUUUUAAUCUUGUAGCUGUUUAACAGCUGGAGGGUUUGCACAUAACAAAUCUGCCCUCUGAAUCGUUGGCAUUUAACCACAUGUAACAGAGAAAUCCUGCAAUAACACGAGUGAAUCGUUCCCACACUGCUGUGGUCACUGUCCUGCACUUAACCGAUCGUCCAUUCGGCUAACCAAACCACUUCCAGCGCAAAUUCUAGAAGACUUUUUAUGCCUGAGUGUUGAUUUAUGAUAUUUAACUUAAAAAUGUUGGACUUUUGAGUCCCAGACUACAAUCGUAGGAGGAAAAGUGCCAAAGUUACUCUAAAAGAAACUGUGGAAGUAUCGUUUAGCAGCUCAGCAGAUCUUUUUACCUAAAUAUCUAGGGUUUUAAAUCAAACCGAAAUUGUAAAAAAAUUACACAAUCUGAAGGGCGUUUGAGCCCGUGUCCUGCAAAGAGAGUGACCCCCCCCUCCACAGUUUCUUUUUCUCCUUUAGCCGUGCAGUAUUCUGUAAAGCAAAUCGCUGUGUUUUUUUUUUUUCUGCGCUGGAAAAGUUGAGGCGUCGUUUGUGAAAACUGUGUAUGUUCUGUUCACUUCUUCAUGUGACUGUAGUUCUCUCUGUAGUGUUUGUUGCUUCGUUUUUGAUCUUCUGUUACUUUACGUGUUUUUGUUUCACAAGAGGAAGAGGCCGGAGUUACUUUGUGAAGAUUACUGGUUUAAGACUGAAAGAGAUGGGGAAAAAAACAAAAAAGUGAAAUGAACGGAUGAAUUCUGUUGCUACAUGAAGCCGAUUGUUACUGUUUAGUUUACCUUUUUAGCAACCAAAGAGAAAACAGCAGAAAACCCAGAUUGUUGAACUUUGAGAAAGCUGUAUAGAUAAGUUAUUAAAGAUGGAUGUUUGUUGUUUUUAAGUCUGGUUUCUCCAUUUGACAAACACAAAAAAAAUGAUUGAGGCUUUGAGGUGGCUGGAGAAGAGGAGGAGCUUCAACCACACGUUUUAAAGGAAUGAUGAAGACGUGGACCAUUGGAGGAGUUGUCGGAGGACCAUCGGAGAGUGGUGUGUUUGUGUGUGUGUGGGCUUUUUGUGGAGUAGCUGUGUUUGUGUGUCUGCUGCCAUCUGGCUCCAACAGGAAGCUGCUCACACUGAGAAGGUAGCCCGCUUAACGGCUUCUGUGCCUCGCCGAAUAAACAUUAAAAACAUUUAAAGAAA